CCAAAGUUAUUUGUCAGCUCUCAAACCUGAGAAGUUCUUCUUGGAGUCUAACUGCCAUCCCUCCUGUUAUAAAGGAAACCCAUCUCGUCCUGAGCAGGCCCUCGGGAGCCCACCAUCCCCAUCCUUCCUCUGCCUGAGGUUCUCAGAGGCAUUGAACCCAAUUCUCAUCCAAGACUCCCGCCUAAGUAGAAUCCCAGAAUGGAUCUGAUGCAGGAAUCCCAGCAGGGCAGCUGCCAGGCCCCGGGAGACAGGGCAGUCUCCUUUCCUGCCCUCCUGCGUUCCCAGAAGAGAAAUGACAGCUGCCCCCGCUGGACAUGGGGAAGAAGCUGGUGAUGGCCCAGAAGCGGGGAGAGACCCGGGCCCUCUGCCUGGGCGUGGCCAUGGUGGUGUGCGCUGUGAUCACCUACUACAUCCUGGGCACCACCGUGCUGCCCCUCUAUCAGAAGAGUGUGUGGACCCAGGAAUCCACCUGCCACCUGAUUGAGACCAACAUCAGGGACCAGGAGGAGCUGGAGGGCAAGAAGGUGCCCCAGUACCCAUGCCUGUGGGUCAACGUCUCAGCCGUGGGCAGGUGGGCAGUGCUGUACCACACGGAGGACACUCGGCACCAGAACCAGCAGUGCUCCUACAUCCCCGGCAGCCUGGACAACUACCGGGUGGCCCGAGCCGACGUGGAGAUGGUCAGAGCCAGAUUCCACCAGCGCCGGGUCUUCUACUGCUUCUCGAGCAGCCGGGAGAAUGAGACGAGCGUGCUGUACCGGCGGCUCUACGGGCCCCAGGCCCUCCUCUUCUCCCUCUUCUGGCCCACCUUCCUGCUGACCGGCGGCCUCCUCGUCAUCGCCAUGGUGAAGCUCAACCGGUCCCUGUCCAUCCUGGCAGCCCAGAGGUAGACGGGCCCAGGCCACGCGGUCCCGCAGGCCACAGGGGAUGGUGGCCCCCAGGGCUGACCACCUGGCACGCCAUCCCUCCUGCCCUCUCCCCAGCCCCCCGCCCCCCCCUUCCAUGCUGGUGGACCUGGGGAGAGUCCUCUGCUAAGCCACCUCUCAACAAUGUGCCAUGACCCCUGGUGCCUCCGAGGACUGAGGCCAGCCAGCUCUCCGCUCUGGCCUGCUCAGCGGCCCACACCUGUUUCCUGCUGUGUCACUGUAUACCAAGUGACAGACGGGUCACCUCUGUGCCUAGGCUCUCGGGGCCAGCUCAGCGGCCUGCCUAUCUCCCCAGGAAGUGCGUGGCAAACCUCAGGUCCUUCUGCGAAUUCCGUGAACAGUAGCUGCCCCAAGCAGAGGGCGCGUUUAGUAGAUGGCUGUUUCUCUUUUAGGAGGCAAGCCUCAUACGCAUUUUCCCCCCAAUACUUAAAAAUACUGUUGUCCCUAGAUAUCCAUGGGGGGUCAGGUCGGGGACCCCCUCAGAUGCCAGAAUCUGCAGAUGCCCAAGUCCCCUGUGGAACACAGGGUCGUCUGGCCAAGCCCUGGUGCCCUCCCCCGAGGGUCUUGAGCCACCUGUGAUGACUCAGUCCCCAAGACAGCAGCAGGCUGUGUAAACAGCUGGAGUCCUGCAUUGUUUAGGGGAUAAUGACAAGAAGCAGUCUAGGCUCAGAAGAGAUGCAAUUUUUUCUCCCAAUAUUUUCAAUCUGCAGCUGAUGGAGUCCACUGAGGUGGAACCCUCGGCUGCGGAGGGCCGAUGUGCCCGCACAAUCACAAAGGCUCCCAGGAAAUAAACAGCAAAGAACAGACGGCGGUGCGGUGGUCCUGGAUUUGAUCUUCCUUGUCCCCCUUUGUGUUGGGGGGCUUUUCUCAAGAGUGCACCCAGUAAGGUCGGGUGCUGGGUGGUUUGUUUCAGUCACAAAAGCAACAGUCGGAGGUUCUGGGAACCGUCCGGAGGGGAGGGCCCUCACCCCAGAUGGCGGGCAGGUGGGCGGAGGCCUCUGGCUCCUGAGGACACACGAGGGUGAGAGCCCCCAGGAGGAGAGGGCACGGGGGUGGGCCUGGUCCACUCCCCAGGUACGGCCUCCUCAGGCCCUGAGCCUCAGAUGUGGAAGGGGCACGGUGGCAGGGCACAACCAUGGCCACUGCCCUUCUGCUGGGGUUUAAAUACAGCCCCAGACACCUUGGAAACUGGCUUCCCAAACGUGCAUGCUGAGGAACCCAGCCUUCACUGAAGGGGGCCUCUGGGAGCUCGUCAGAGUUAGACGAGGUCUCGGGGGUGGGCCCCCUCGGUGGCAUCAGCGGCCUUAAAGCAGAGGAGAGACCUGAGCAGGUGCUUGCUGGGCCUUACCUGGCACUGCCCCCACUGCAUCACCAUGCAGCAGCAGGCACCCCCAGAUGCCUGGCAGGUGAGGGCACCAUGCUCCUGGGCUGCCCAGUCCCAGAACCAAAAGAAAGAAAUUUCUUUCCUUUAUAAAUGACCUCACCUCAGGUUAUCAGGUAUGGCAACAGAAAACAGACUAAGACACAUGCCAAGACGUCUGCUGAGCGCAGAGACUCAAAAGGUGUGCUCCCCAGACCGGCCGCCUCAGGACGGGGAGACGCCAAGACAUCACAUGCUCAGGCCACAACCCUGCAGCCAGAAGCCUGCGGGAGGGCUCAGGCCUCUGUGUUUCAACAAUGGCUGGGGGGACCUGAUGGCCCAGCUCCUGCAGCAGGGACAAGUGCUCUGUCACCAGGCUCUCCAAGGCCAGCGACCGUUUCACAGGCAGGUCCUGCGCUGGGUGGAGAGGAAGACUGGAGCUGGUCCUCGGGUCUGGUCCCGUCUGUACCCGGCCACAUUUCCCCUCUCUGAUUCUUGGUUUUUUUCUCCAUUUAUAAAAAAUGGUUUCUUUCUGGGGAGUUGGGAGGGCUGAAUGAAGGGUUGGCACCUGGUAAGGGGCCAAAAUGGUCCCAACAGUUAAUAGCAAAAGUCAUGAAUGGCCUGAGACUUCCAGAAGACGUGGUCCACCAACACCAGCCGUCAUGGCGGCACCGUCUGCCUGGUUUACCUUGGACUGAAGUCUCCAAAACUGAGCUGCAAUGACACUCUUCCUUAGAUGCCUACACCUCAGGCGUUUGUCACAGCAGCGGAGAACUGACUAACACAGGGUGGCCCUGUGUGGCAGCCUGACGCGACCUGGCCACGCCGUGCCCCGGCCUGCCCUCCCCUCACUGUGAGGCACCCAUCAGCCUAGACCCUCAGAAGCGGGCGCGGACUGUGGGAUAAAGGUUCUGAGAGAAAGGCCACGUCCAGGGAACUCUCGUGACAGCCUAUUGUCGUAAUUGUUGUUUUAUUAGCUAUUAUUGUCACUCGCUCACUGAGACUACUUUGUAAAUUCCGCCUUAUCCUAGGUAUAUAUGUAUGUGUGAUGGGGUUUGAUGUUAAAUGUCCCUCAUUUAAAUCUCUCCUAAAAGCUCCUGGGUCCAAGGCUUGGUCCCAGCUGGUGGCCCUGUGGGUGGGGUGGAAACUCGAGGGGUGGAGCCUAAUGGGAGAAGGUAGGUCACUGAGGUCGUGCUCUUGAAGUGGGUGUUGGAACCUGUCGGGGUCUUAAGCCCCCUUACUCUUCUGGAUCAGCGACAAGGGAAGGGGACGCUCCCCAACAAGGCCAGACCAGGAAAGGUAGGGCCGACUG